AUGAGUGGGGUCGAGUUCAUUCUUUCGGCCGUUCUGGCUGUGAUACCACUCGCCAUAGAAGCCUACGACCAUUCCGAGCGCGUCUUUGAAGUCUUUUCGGUGUUCAAACAAUACCCUCGCGAAGUGGUCAAACUCGACGCCAAGCUGGGUGCCCAACGGACUAUUUUCCGCAACCAUGCGAUCAACCUCCUUAUGACUAUUACAAAUGACCCUCAAAAGGUUCAGGACCUCAUGUGUCAGCCCUCAUCAGAAGAAGCCAAGCGAGGGCUGACGUUGAGCACCUUGUAUCGCAAUCGCGUUGACUCACUCAAGGAUUCAUUUAUGAGCUGCCAGCAAACUUUGGUGCAGAUCAAAAACUCAUUGAAUCUUCUUUACACCGAAGCUCAGGCUUUUCAUGGGGAUUUGAACCGGAAUCAAGGUGGAGGCUCUACGACCACGAGUACGCCAACUGUUGCAGAAAGACUGAAGCAAGUUCGCACCCGCUUCAAAUUGAGUCUGAACAAGCCUCAAAUUGAAAAGGCUAUAGGAGAACUUCGGGACUUCAAUACAGACUUCUGUUUAAUCACCAACCACAUUAUCAACGCUCUUCAAUUGCUCAACACGAAGAGUCAGCAGUCCAUUGCUCUACCGAAGUCUACCAAGACUAUCAACAGUUUACAAAGAUGCCACCAAAUUCGCACCGCGUCUUUGAGACUUUAUUCUACAUUGACAAUGCAAUGGGCAUGUUCAUCACAUCUUGGUCACAUCGCCAAUCUUUGUCUAGCACACGGAGAAGACGACACUCCUGUCAACACUAGAGCUACCCAGCAUGUCUCCUUCGAAAUAGCUAUAUCGCAUGAGCAGGACGUGCCUGAGAACCAGCACCCGAUCUGGCUUAAGAUCGAACAAUACGACGAAGAGCCCCAACCAUCAAUAUCUCUAGAUGAAAAGAGCAAAGCAGCCAUUGAGGAGCUUACCAAUUUACUCGAGUCCAGUACAGAGCCAUUUUCUCUGAAAGCUCCGGCUAGCAACUCCAAGCCUCGAAAGAGUGUGAGAUUCGACCAGAUUCAACAAACCCAACCAACAAUACAAAGCAUCGCGCCUUGUACCAAAAACACUUUGCAGACGGUUUCUGGGCCAGAUAAAGACCUUCACCUGGUCGAGGACUUUUGCCAUUAUUUCCAACACUUGCAACUGAGUUCCACAGACAGGUUAUAUCUAGGCUUUCUGAGAGAUGCUCACCUUCAACGAUUUUACUCAUCCCCUAUCAGUGUCGCUUCCUGUGGCUCUCAUUCUUUGGCAGAUAUCAUCGCCUGGGUCGCCGAGGAACCCGUGCUUAGAUGCAUACCACGACCGUGCAUAAUCAGACUUGCGGGCACAUUGGCAGACGGAAUAAUGCAAUUCUACUCGACGCCUUGGUUACCGAAAUCGGGCUUAGGUGAGAGCGUUAGGUUCUUCGAAGCGUUGGCUGCUCCGAGCGCGGCGAUCCAGCUGAAGAGUCCCCAUUUCAUGGUUAAACUCGAGCGUCCUUCGAAGGGAAAGGAGAGGGCCGUGGUACCGUUGGGGCGCAACAAGGCCAUCGAGCCGUCAUGCGCUCCAUUCUUUGGUGCGAGAAACGACCUACUGUUCAACUUUGGCAUACUCCUACUCGAAAUAGGUUUUGGACGGCCAUGGUCAGUGCUGAAAGGCAACAUCUUGAAGACUAUUGACGGCGAUGAGCCCUCCAACUAUGAGAUUGCAGAGAAGCUCGCGCAGCUACUGGUGCGCCAGAUGGGAUUGACGUACCCGAGAGUUAUCCGAAAAUGCUUGGGAUGUGACUUUGGACUGGGAGAGACGGACCUUGAUAAUGAGGAGCUGCAGCGGAAGUUUUUGGAGGACGUGGUGGGUGAGCUUCAGCAGCUCGGCGCGAAGCUGAAUGGCGAGACAUCGAUCUGUAUUUGA